CCACCGCAGCGCCGGGGCCAUAAACCGCCCGGCUGGCGCGGCCGAGCCCCAGCAGGAAGGGCAGGAGGCAGAGGCGCCGAGGGCAUGGUGGCCGGUCCCCUGCCCCGAGCCGGCAGCGUGCCACGGCUGCCGCCACCGCCAUGGCGAGCAGGAGCCUGGCCCCGGGCCUAGGGCUGGCGCCAUCACCCACGGCGGCUCUCUCACGCCUGCUGGCCUCCCCCAUGCCCAGCACCGGGGUCAACUUGACCUACUUCCCCUUCUUCCCCUUCUUCUCGGACGUGGGGGGCCAGCACAGGCCAGGCCUGCGUGCCGCCGAGUCCGCCACGUUGGCCUCCAUCUUCCUGCUGGCGCUGGUGGGCAACGUGUGGGGCAUCUGCCUGCUGGCGCGGCGGCGGCACCGGCUCUGCGCCGCCAACUGCCUCGUGCUCAACCUCUUCUGCGCCGACCUGCUCUUCAUCAGCACCAUCCCCAUCAUCACCGUGGUGCGCUGGACCGGCUCCUGGGUGCUGGGCGACGCCGUCUGCCACAUGCUCUUCUACGUGGUGAGCCUGAGCGGCACCGUCAUCAUCCUCUCGCUGGGCGCCGUCAGCCUGGAGCGCAUGGCCAGCAUCGUGCGGCUGCGGCAGCGCGCUGCGUGCCGCCGCAAGGCGCUGGCCGCCGCCCUCCUCCUCCUCUGGGGCUUCUCCGCCCUCGCCACCCUCCCGCUCUGCCUCUUCUUCACCGUGGUGCCGCUGCCCGUCAGCAGCGGCGAGGAGGUUCAGAUUUGCACCUUGCUUUGGCCCAACAUUGAAGGAGAGAUAGUUUGGGAUGUGGCCUUCACAAUUGUUGUCUUUUUGAUACCAGGAUUAAUCGUUGUCAUCAGUUAUUCCAAAAUUCUACAGAUUACAAAAGCUUCAAGAAGGAGUUUAAAUGCUGGCUUAGCCUACUCAGAAAAUCAUCAAAUUCGUGUUUCCCAGCAAGAUUACAAACUAUUUCGAGCCCUCUUUAUAUUGAUGAUCUCUUUCUUCAUCAUGUGGAGCCCAAUUAUAAUCACUAUUCUUUUAAUUUUAGUCCAGAACUACAAACAAGAUUUUCCUAUUUUGCCAUCAGUGUUUUUCUGGAUAACGUCAUUCACUUUUGCCAACUCUGCUGUCAAUCCAAUUUUGUAUAAUUUUGCCCAUUUCAGACGCAAAUGUCGGGAAAUUCUUCUCCGCUGUACAGGGAGCUCUGUAAGAAAUGAAGCUGGCACAGAAACCACUGUGAGAAGAAAUAACUGUGAACAACCUAAUUUGUCUUUCAUUUCCAGGUAAUUAGUCUGACCCAUGCCACGCUUUGGAUGUUAAUCUCUAUACUAUCCCAGUCUGAACAGGUCACUAUUUUAUAGUAUUACAUGCUAAAGAAGGCACACAGGAAAACAAAGAAACAAACAAACAAAAAAAAACAGAUAAAGCUGUAUUUCUAAUU